AUGGCAAUGGAGAAGAAACAUUCAAAACAAGGGAAGGAGCGCAACAAGACAUGGUUCUUCAAACCAAAAUCUGGGAGUGCCCUAGUCCUUCUGCUACUUCACCUAGAGUUACCUCAGAAACCCACAAGGCCAAAGCAUCAAUUCAGACCAAGAACAGCAACAAAGUUUUACCCAAUUGGUCACCAUAGGUGGUGUUUUGCUUCAAUGUUGUUCUAG